AUGUGCGACGAGCCUGUGCCUGGACGGGAUGAUCCAGGCACCACCCGUUUCUGGUACACAUUCUAUGCAUCGGACUGUAGUACCAGACAGGUUCGUUCAAAGUCCCCGCCGUAUCCGUCGCCUCUUGAGGUCCGUCUGUCGUCUGUGCACAAUAGCACAUCGGGGUCAUUCUGCCCUGCGGCCCGUGGCGUGAUCCCUUUCUGGGAUGAAGGACUAGACGGACAGCACUUCUCUAGUUCGCCGCAGGGCCACGAAGAGCGCCGUGGAUGGAGAUUUGAGACCUUGUGCGACAUCCUCUCGAGCAUUCGGCUGUCUCGACUGUUAACGCAUGUCGACAAGAGGGUUCUCGUCAAGGAUAUGGAUCAUCAACAACCUGCCCUUCUGCAAGGUGCUCGCUGGGGUAUGCUCUCCGUUCUCGUUAUUCCCGGCUGCAGCAAUCUGUUGGUGCUCCCCAGUCAAUGA